UAUAUUUCUGUGUUUUUCUAUUAAUAGCAUUCCUUUCUUGGUGACUAUUAUGCCACGCUUCAUGUUCUUUUCUCUUUCAUGUAAUGAUUCACUAUUGCUUCUAUUGCCACCAACCCACAACAACAACAACACUUCCAUGGCUUCACGUUCACCUAGGCUUCUAUCACUAGCAAGAAGAGCCUUUUCUUCAUCUUCUCAAGCUAAUGGUGUUUCCUUAGUUCAAGGAGCUUCCAGAGGAAUCGGUCUUGAAUUCGUGAAGCAAUUGUUAGAGAACAAUGAUAAAGGGCAUGUUGUUGCUACUUGUCGUAAUCCAAAUGCAUCAACUGGGCUGCUUCAUUUGAAGGAUAGAUUUGAUGAUCGUCUUCAAGUUUUGCCUUUGGAUUUGACAGUUGAAAGUUCUAUUGAGGCAUCUGCAUUGUCAAUCGAAGAGACAUAUGGUCAUCUAAACCUUCUCAUAAAUGCAUCUGGAAUUCUUUCAAUACCCGAAGUAUUGCAACCAGAAACCACAUUGAACAAAUUGGAGAAGUCAUCUUUAAUGCUUGCAUAUGAGGUUAAUGCCGUCGGUCCUAUCUUGGUUAUCAAGCACAUGUGGCCUCUUCUAAAAGCUGGAGGUGGGAUUGGAACUGAAAGAAGUGCUGCAGUUGUAGCUAGUUUGAGUGCAAGGGUUGCAUCUAUUGGCGAUAAUCGUCUUGGUGGUUGGCAUUCGUAUCGAUCUUCAAAGACUGCUCUUAAUCAAUUGUCGAAGACUAUCUCGUUGGAAUUUGCGAGGAAGAAGGAUCCGAUAAUAACUAUUCUAUUGCAUCCUGGUACAGUUGAUACAGAUCUUUCUAAGCCAUUUCAAAAAAAUGUUCCUAAAGAAAAGCUCUUCACCAAAGAGUACUCAGUACAUAAGCUGUUACACAUCAUUAACAAUGUGAAGAGUCAAGACAAUGGAAAAUUCUUUGCUUGGGAUGGUCAAGAAAUUCCUUGGUAACUUGUUACUGUUAUAUUUAUGUCAAACAACAUAACAUGUAAAAAUGAUAUUGACAAUAAGUUUCAAAGCUCCAUUCGAAAAAAAAUGACUAUAGAAUCAUAUUUCAUAAUAAAAUUCAUUGAUUCAUUCA